UUUAAUUUUGAAAAAUUGUCUACAUAUUCCGACUUGUUGUAUGUUUAUAAAUUAUAACACAUCACAAAAUCAACAGAAUUUUCACUAGUCUCACCAUAUACAAAAAAGAAGAAGUUGAUAAAUGAUCUCACCCCACAUGCGCAUAAUUAUUCAAAGCAUCCAAAUUUUCAUUUAUUUCCUGCUAGUACAAUUUUUAUUUAUUUAAUUUUAUUUUUAUUUUUACCACUAUUUAUGUGGCUGGUGGAAUUGCACAUUUUCAAUUUUUCAUCUGCACUUGCAGUCUGCCACCCCCCCCCCACCCCACCCUCCCCCACCCCUAACAAACUCUUGUUUGCUUUACAUGUAUAUAGUAUAAGUACUAUCCAACUGCUUCGCUCAGGUUUUCAACUUCAAUUGAAGAAAUGGGGCUGCUAUUAACAGCCCUAAUCAUCUCCGCAGCUCUCUUCCUCUCGCCAAAUGCCGCGGCGGCCGAGCUCCGCCUCAACGACAGCCGCACCGCGGCGGCUGCUAGAGAGCUCGCCGGCGUCGGCGGAGGGGGAUGCAACAUCUUCCGCGGAAAAUGGGUGUACGACGCCUCCUACCCUCUCUACGACUCCUCGACGUGCCCCUUCAUCGACGACGAAUUCAACUGCCUCAAAUACAACCGGCCCGAUCGGAAUUACCUCAAGUACCGAUGGCAGCCUUUCUCAUGCAACCUAGCCAGGUUUAAUGGAUUGAAUUUUUUGGAGAGAAUGAGGGGGAAGAAGAUCAUGUUUGUAGGGGACUCACUGAGUCUGAACAUGUGGGAAUCGCUGAGUUGCAUGAUUCACUCGGGGGUGCCCAAGGCCAGGACCUCACUCGUUCGCCGCGAAGGACUGGGUCAACUCACUUUCCUGGAUUAUGGGGUUAAAUUGAUGCUGUAUCGCACUCCAUACCUAGUUGACAUGGAGACCCAAAAAGCGGGUCGGGUUUUGAAGCUGGAUUCGAUCCGAAGCGGGGACGCCUGGCUCGGAAUGGAUGUACUCAUCUUCAACACGUGGCAUUGGUGGACCCACACUGGAAGUUCUCAACCGUGGGAUUACAUUGAAGAAGGAGGGAAAUUGUACAAGGAUACUAACCGUUUGAUAGCAUACUACAAAGGGUUGACUACUUGGGCAAGAUGGGUCAACCGAAAUAUAGAUCCUUCCAAAACUAAAGUCUUCUUUCAAGGAAUCUCUCCCACACAUUAUGAGGGAAGGGAUUGGGGUGAGGCAUCAAAAUCAUGUAAAAGUGAGACACAGCCAUAUUUUGGAUUGAAGUAUCCAGCAGGCACACCAACAGCAGCAGUUGUAGUGAACAAAGUGUUGAGCAGAGUGAAGAAGCCUGUGUAUUUGCUUGACAUCACACUUCUCUCUCAAUACAGAAAAGAUGCACACCCCACCUACUAUAGCCUCCACAAUGGCUUGGACUGCAGCCAUUGGUGCCUCCCCGGCCUCCCCGACACGUGGAAUCAGCUGCUCUACACGGCCCUCGUUGGUUGAGCGUUGGUCCGUCGAGGCUAGGUUUUAGAUUCUCUAUCUCCCAGUCGUGUUUGGUUCUUGUGAGAGUCAUUCAUUUCAUUGGUUCAUAUUUAUGUGUCUAUAGUUAUAGAAAAUUAAGGGUCUCGACUAUAAAGUACAGCUCAAUUGGUAAGACGCUUUCUUUUCAACCGAUAGGUUGGAGGUUUGAGUCACCACGUUGGAGAAAUGAGUUACAAAUGUGUGUAGGGUUUAGGGUGUGUUGAUAGAGAGGAAAUUCAUUUUUCUUUCUUUCUAAUUUCAUAUUUGUUGUGAAAGUAAUUUAAUAAGAGAGGGGUACAAAUGUAAACUAGUUUAUUGUUUUUCAGGCAAUUGAUGAGAUCUAAUUAAUUGCCUGAAUUGGUGAAAUGAAAGAUUACAAAUUCAUGUAGUUUUAUUAUAAAAAUACUAGCUUUUGUAUCAA